AUGGCUUUGACCGUGACGCAAGCCGAUGCUUUUGUUCCCAGAUCCUCCGACAAACCCCUUCCACCACCACCCGAGGUCGCAAUCACACCUUGUGACCCAUGGCCUCGACCAUAUUAUCUUGAGAACGGCCUGCGCCGAGUCGCGCCCUAUCACUACACGUACAACACCUUCUGCAAGCAGAGAUGGCGUGGUCGUGAACUCCUCGACAUAUUUGCGGCCGAAUUUCGAGACCGUUCGCGAGAGUACUACAAGAAUGCAAUAGAAAAGGGGCAAAUAUCGUUGAAUGGCAAGCCUUGUAAUGAUAUACAUACAGUGGUCAAAAACGGAGAUGUCAUUUCACACACUCUACACAGACACGAACCUCCUGUCACGGCGCAACCUAUUCGAGUCAUCGACGAGACUGAUAGCAUGAUUGUCAUUGAGAAACCGGCUGGGGUUCCUGUCCAUCCAGCAGGACGAUACAACUACAACUCUGUUGUGGAGAUUAUGAAGGCAGAGAGACAUUUUGCCUUCAAACCCCUACCUUGCAAUCGGCUCGAUCGAUUGACGAGUGGAGUCAUGUUUGUCGCGAAGACUGGCAAAGAAGCCGAGGCGAUUAGCGAGAAGCUACGUGGACGAACAGUGCGCAAAGAAUACGUUGCUCGAGUCAAAGGACGCUUUCCUGAUGGCGACGACUGGGACGGAGAUGCCAUGCGUGGAGGGGUCAUUUCUUGUGAAGAGAGUAUCUUACAGAUUAGUCCCAUCUUGGGUCUGAAUCGGGCCAGAGCAAGUGGGAAGCCAGCAAAGACGUUGUUCAGAAGGAUAGCAUAUUAUCCUCCUCAAGGUCAGAAACCUUCGCCAGAAUUGAGCCAUAGCGACAAGGAGGCAGGGCAUGAGGCUGCACAACCUGCACCAGCCAUCCAAGGAGCAGAAAACGAUGGGUAUAGCAUUGUACAUUGUCUGCCGUUGACGGGUCGAACUCAUCAGAUCCGCGUCCAUCUGCAAUUCUUAGGUCACCCGAUCACGAAUGAUCCGAUUUACAGCAACCGUGCCGUCUUCGGACCCAGCCUGUCCAAGAAUGACGCGACUGGAGAUGAUGAUGAUGAAGUCAUUGAACGAUUGGGCAAAAUGGGCAAGACUGAAGUCGCUAGCUCGAUAGCAUACGAUGAAGAGCGACUAUCCAAGUUGGUGGACCAGACACAACAAAUGACGGUUUCUGACCUUGAACGAAUCCAAGACCCCAACUUCAAGCCACUGAACAGUGGUACGCUACACGUGGGCAAGUUCUCUGGCACGGAGGCACAGCCAGGAGAGGACGAUGCGUUGUUUGGGGCCUAUGUCAAGGCACACGAUGAGAUGGUGGCCGACUACAACAAACGAAAGGGGGAGAAGAUGACAGGAGAAAAGUGUCAGGUCUGUGACACCCCGUUGUACUCGGACCCAGGGCCACAUGAACUGGGCAUAUAUCUUCAUGCUCUAGCAUAUGCAGACCUGAACCCAGGAAGCUGGAGUUUUCGAAGUCCUGCACCAGAAUGGUCUCUUCCACCGACAGGUGUCGAAGGACCUACCGAGAUACCGCCGUGGCAGUACCGUGGUGAUGAGAUUCUAGAUAUUGGGGAUGAGAGACAGGACGAGAGGGCCAAAACCAAAGCAGGAGCGAAGAAGAACAAGGAACUUCAUCUGGCUGAGCUAAAGGCAGGAAUAUGA